AUGACAUUAAUACGGUCGCUUAUAACUACUCUACCAAUAAUUGCAAUUUUGUUGAUGAUUUUAUAUAUUAUCAUCCUUUUCGUUUGGAUUGUUCCUACAGCUGAAAAGUUAGAGAAGUCCAUUAGCUCUAAAUUCUAUAAACCAAUUCUAGAACAAAAGGAUGGUGAAAUAGUAUUUCAAUGUCAUAUUGGCACUUAUUAUGACGAAGUUUCUCAUUCUUCUAUUUUAUCUCAAUUAUCGAGUUUCACUUCUAUUGCUGGAUUAAUUUUUAAUAUAACCUAUUAUGGUGUAACUUCUAAGUUUAAGUUAACUACAACGUGCCUUCUUGAUGAUUUUUUAAUUCUCACUUUUUUUCUAAUUCCUGUCGUCUCUUGGUUUUUUACUACAAAAUUCGCUGUUGUUUUUCAUGCUUCGUUCAUUACUUGUUUAUCACUUUUUGUAUUGUCUUUUUUAGCUGUUCUUAUAUUUACAAGCAUUACUAUUGGUUAUUUUCAUAGAGCGACCAUAUUUCAUCAGUUAAAUUAUUUUGAAAAAUCUGAAAAAUCUAGAAUACGAAGCAGAAGUUUAGGAAACCCCAAAAGAAUAAGUGUUCUCGAAAAGAGCGAUUUUUAUUAUAAUAGACAAUCGAAUUAUGAGUGGAUUAAACAUUUUAUCAUAGUAAUUUGUUUUUUUGAAUCAAUUUUAAUUAUGAUAUAUGACGUAAAGCAAAUAUAUGAUGAAGGAACACCAGCGGAUGUAAUUAUAAAUUUAGAACUUUUAAGAUGGAUUUUCGAUAUUAUUUAUUUUCUUUUGGUUUCUUUCGUAUCUUUUAGAUUUUUCUUUCGUAAAAAAAUUCCCAAAAGAGCUUCAUUCUGCAUUAUAUUAGUUUCAAUUAUGCAAGUCUUUUUUGAAUAUGCUUUAUAUUGCACCCCUAAAGGUGCUGAUUCGAUUUUUUUAUUCAUUUUAACUACUAUUUUAACCCGUACUAUUUCAUCAUUCUUUUCAAAUGAUAAUUUUAAAGAUAUUAGAGUUAAAGAUAUUGAACACUAUGGAAUCAAAAAUUGUGAAAAAGAAAAAAAUUAUAAAUUUGUUUUUUUACGGAUUCUUCAAGAAGGCAAAAUUUCUGACUACUUGGGUCAUCAAAGACUUUAUAUACAGGUUAAUGAUAAUGAUGAAAAGAUGAAAGCAUAUAUUAAAAAUAUUCAAGAAUUUUAUCGAAAACAGGAGUACAUAUAUGUCACAGAUGCCUAUAAGCAAUUGACUGAACAGCUUGGUGGAAGAAAAAAAAGAUGCUAUUACAAAAGAUUUAUCAAAUGUAUUAAUAAAGUUAUCAAAACUGAUUAUGGUAUGAAAGUUGAGGAUGAUGACUAUGAAUGUUAUCUGUGUAAAAUCAAAAAAAGUCAUCCUAGAAUUAACAUCGCAACAACAGAUAAUCAUUUUAUACAAAUUAAAACAAUUGAAACAAGUGACAAAAUCCAAAUUACGGAAGAUUCUACUGACUACGAAAAUACUUUUAUAGAAAUUAUUUCUGAAAAAUUUAAAAAUCCAGUCGGUAUAACACGCAUAUUUGGUAGAUAUUACAACAUUGUUGAUAAUGAAUUUAAUAUACCGGGAACAAAAAUUAUAUCUAAAUAUCUUUCUGAAAACAAUGUAAAAGUUUAUGCAAAUGUUCUUGAAAUGGGUUAUUUUCAAUAUUUUGUUUAUUCACAUAGAGCAUAUAAGGAUGACAAACGGAAUAAAAAAUAUGAUAAAGCAGAUAUAAAGAUUAGUUGUGGUAAUUAUAAUAUUGUAUUCACAAAUUCUAAUGUUAGAUGGUAUGUGAUUCCGGGAUUUGGAACUUCAAUAUAUACAAAAAAAGACAAUAAUGAUAGAGAAUAUAAAGAAUGUAAAGCUUUAGAAAACAUACUCAAUAAUAUUGAGGUGCCGUCAUCAAUAUAUGAGUAUUAA